AAAGGUUGUGGUGAUCGAAGGAAAAAGGCAAAAUAAGGAGGGUUUCCUUCGUUUCUGUAUCGGUUUUCACCACCACCCACUGCCUCUUCUUCACUCGCUCACAUCCCAAAACCAAUUUUUCCUCCUCUUGUUCGUUCGUUCGUUCGUUCGUUCGUUAUGUCUCGCCACCCACAAAAUUAAAUUAAAAUAAAAUCCCUCGAUUCAAAUAAUUUCUCAAGAAAUUACCCAAAAGAAACAAACAAGAUGAGCUUGGAUCCAGUCGUACAGCGCGUUAAUCGCAAUGUUGAUGAACAUAUCGCCCAGCUCAUGCAGUGCAAACCCUUAUCUGAACAAGAGGUUAGGUCACUAUGUGAUAAGGCAAAGGAGAUCCUGAUGCAAGAAAGCAAUGUGCAGCCGGUUAAAAGUCCUGUGACAAUCUGUGGGGAUAUUCAUGGGCAGUUUCAUGAUCUUGCAGAGCUUUUCCGGAUUGGAGGGAAGUGCCCAGAUACAAAUUACUUGUUCAUGGGAGAUUAUGUUGAUCGUGGUUAUUACUCGGUUGAAACAGUGACUCUCUUGGUGGCUCUCAAAGUGCGUUAUCCACAGCGGAUUACUAUUUUAAGAGGAAACCAUGAAAGUCGGCAGAUCACUCAAGUUUAUGGGUUUUAUGAUGAAUGCCUAAGGAAAUAUGGUAGUGCUAACGUGUGGAAGACAUUUACGGAUCUAUUUGACUAUUUUCCGCUGACUGCAUUGGUGGAGUCUGAGAUCUUUUGUCUCCAUGGUGGAUUAUCCCCUUCCAUUGAAACUCUUGAUAAUAUAAGGAACUUCGAUCGUGUUCAAGAAGUGCCCCAUGAGGGGCCCAUGUGUGAUCUUUUAUGGUCUGAUCCUGACGAUCGCUGCGGUUGGGGUAUCUCUCCUCGGGGUGCUGGAUAUACAUUUGGCCAAGACAUAUCUGAGCAAUUUAAUCAUACCAACAACUUGAAGCUGAUUGCAAGAGCACACCAGCUGGUUAUGGAGGGAUUCAACUGGGGUCAUGAACAAAAGGUUGUGACGAUUUUCAGUGCACCUAAUUAUUGUUACCGUUGUGGGAACAUGGCUUCAAUCCUUGAAGUAGAUGAUUGCAAGGGUCACACUUUCAUUCAGUUUGAACCAGCUCCAAGGCGGGGAGAGCCAGAUGUGACCCGUAGGACGCCAGAUUAUUUCUUAUGAUGCUAUCUUGAUUCAACUGGCUCAUGGGAAAUACGCAAAAUGAAAAAGGGCAUAAUCAUCAUUAUCAUCAUCAUCAUCAUCGUUUUACUGGGAAAUGAGGCAGCGAUCUUGGUGUAAUUUGCUGCUGCACAAACGCAGUAUCAUUUUUUCUUUCAGUUUUCUUGUUUGUAGAGGAAAGAUAAAUGUCGGUCGUUUGAUUGAUGUCUUUUCCUUUUCCUGCUUUUUGCUGUUUCUUAUAAUUCUUUGUGACCUUAGUUAAUUAAGAAUACUUGCUAUUAAAUUCUUCCCAAGGUUCACUCA